CACUCACCAGAGACAAGCUGGAGUUUGAUCACCGAUGCAAAGAAAACAUCUACGAUUACUCUUCAUAAGGCAGGUUUGGUUCCACAAAGCACACGAAGACACCAAAGGCCGGGAGAAAUCUACCCCUCGGAAAUGACAUCCUCUAAUAAUGAGUAAUAGUCGUGGUUUGAGUUUCACCUGCAGCCUGUAAACAAUAGUAUACUGAUCCUCAUACAGAUAUCACACAGAGCUAUACAUUGUACACUUCCCAUACUCUGACUCCUCGUGACCAUUAAGAAAGACUCUUUGAAGAUAAGUCCUGGAAGAGUGUCUGACUGAUGAUGUAUGUGUUAAAAUGAAUGCAAAGUCUGGAUGUUCAAGUUUGUUUUGUAUAGCAGUAGGACCCUGAGGACUUGCCAGACAUACAACAUAAAGUGAGCUUUAUCUAGAAAGACCCAUAUUGAAAAGGAUGAUUUUAGAUGCUGACUUUGACUUUACAAAAAAAGAAAAGACCCUUGGCACUUGACAGGAAAAUUCAAUUGUUCCUGAUGUCAAAUCCCAGAGACUCCCACUAUAAAUGAGAGGUUGGGCACUUGGAAAGAGUUUUACUCUGAAGUUUACUAACCUUUCUCUCUGACGGACAAUACAAUUUUUGGACGAAAUGAGCGCAUCGGUGGCUGUGUACAGAAACAUAUACACCGAGGAUCGAUUCAAACAGGCGUACGGUACAGAAGAGCAGUCGAGAGGCAGACAGCGGUUACGCGACAGACUCGCGCACAUCUGCAGCUGCACGCAGGUGAACUGCGCACACCUGCUCAAGAAAAGACUGCCCGUCUGCAACUGGCUGCCCAAAUACAAGCUCAAGAAAUGGAUUUUAGGAGAUAUCGUGGCGGGACUGACUGUUGGAAUACUGCACAUUCCCCAAGGAAUGGCCUUUGCUCUGUUGACCUCAGUGGCUCCUGUCUAUGGCCUUUACACGUCCUUCUUUCCUGUGGUUCUUUAUAUGAUCUUCGGCACCGGUCGCCACGUUUCUACAGGUACCUUUGCCGUUGUGAGUUUAAUGACGGGCUCUGUUGUGGAGCAACUGGUUCCCAGUCCACUCGCCCUAAACUCCAGUAGCCCAGAGGCGGCAGAGUUUGAAGCCCAGAGAAUUGGUGUGGCUUCAGCUGUGGCGUUUCUCUCAGGGAUAAUGAUGCUCUGCAUGUGUGGACUUCAGUUAGGUUUCCUUUCAACGUACCUCUCAGAACCGAUUGUAAAGGCAUUUACAAGUGCAGCCGCUUUCCAUGUGACCGUCUCACAGCUGCAAAGCAUGCUGGGAUUACGGCUACCUCGAUACACUGGUGCCUUCUCUCUUUUUAAGACUCUGGGUUCAGUGAUGGAGAACUUGCCUCACACCAAUGUGGCUGAACUGGUGAUCUCUCUGCUCUGCUUGGCCAUACUGGUACCAGUAAAGGAGGUAAAUUCACGGUUUCGUGAACGCCUUCGUACUCCCAUCCCAGUGGAGAUCAUCACUGUAAUAAUUGCAACAGGAGUUACAUACGCCUCCUCUCUGGAUUCCAGAUACAACAUACAGAUUGUUGGACAUAUUCCAGCAGGGUUCCCUACACCACAAGUGCCUUCACUGGAGACGAUUCCAGAAAUAGCAGGUGACACAGUUGCUAUCACCCUUGUUGGUUACGCUGUGUCUGUAUCUCUAGCCAUGAUUUAUGCUGAUAAACACGGAUACUCCAUUGAUCCAAAUCAGGAGCUUCUAGCACAUGGAAUCUCCAACACCGUGUCAUCUCUCUUCACCUGCUUCCCCAGUUCAGCUACACUGGCCACCACCAACAUCCUGGAGAGCGCUGGAGGUUUCACACAGCUUGCUGGACUGUUCACAAGUCUGAUCGUUCUUAUUGUACUUCUGCUGAUAGGCCCUCUCUUCUACUUUUUACCCAAGGCAGUGCUUGCUUGUAUAAACGUGACCAGUCUGAGACAGAUGUUUUUGCUCUUUCAAGACCUACCAGACCUUUGGAGAAUUAGCAGAAUUGAUUUUAUGGUGUGGCUUGUGACCUGGACGUCGGUAGUUGUGCUAAAUGUAGACAUGGGUUUGGCCAUUGGAGUCAUAUUCUCAAUGAUGUCCGUUAUCUGUCGUACACAGAGGGCCAACUGCUCUGUACUGGGCAGAGCUGCCAACACAGAGAUCUACAGAUCUAUUCACAACCACAAUAAAUGCUAUGAAGUCCCGGGUUUGAAGAUCUUGACCUACAACGGGCCCAUCUACUAUGGGAAUCGUAGCUUUUUCAAGGCAGAUAUUACUGAGAUUCUGGGCCUCACCCCUGAGAGGAUACGGAGACGAGAGAAAGCCAUGAAAGCCAUAGAGAAGAGAGAGAGAGAGGCUGUCAGUACUGUAGAACAAGAAGUUGCAGACAGUUCAUUUUCUUCAAAAAAUGACUUAUUCAGAUCAGAGAUGGCUGAUGGAGAAGUCCAGGCUGUGUUAAUCGACUGCAGUAGUGUCAUUUUUGUGGAUGUUGCUGGUGCUCGAUUGUUCAUACAGAUGUGCAUGGAGUGUCAGAAGAUUGGGGUACGGAUAUACCUUUCCAACUGCAAUGAGAGUGUACUGAAGAUUUUGACAUCCAGUGGGCUUAUGAACUACAUUAAUCCUCAGCAUAUUUUCGUUACGAUCCAUGAUGCAGUAGUCUACAUACAGCAGCAGCGGGAGAAACCUCUAGACAAUGCAACAGUUUGGGUUUGAGUAUCUUACACAACCAAAGACAUUCAAGUACUUAUGGAUAAAGCAGGACCAGUGGAGCUUAAAGUCAUUCAAAACACAAACAUGAUUUGCUUAUUCAGACUCAACAUCUUUUAUGUACCUUCAGGAUGCAUGUCAGGGCCCUCUGCGAUGUUUAAUCAUCCUAAAAAUAAACUUUACAUUCGCAAUAUAAAGCCUGCUGUUACAGUACAUGCCAUGAGAUUCAUUGUACAGUUUUCCAAUCACACAGUGCCUGUUUUUUACUUGUACUCUUUUCAUAAUAGUUUGCACUGCUGUGGCCAUUCUGUAAACACACACAGACAAACACACGCGCACACUUUAAAUUUAGUGUUAACAAUGGUGCAGGCACUGGAAUCUCAAUGUGUGGAAAAAUUAUUUUGCAACUGAUCAAAACUGUAGAUAACUAGGAACCAGGAAUGGUGGAAAAUAUUU